GGCCGGGAGGAGCCGCGGCCUGUGAGUGGUCGUGGUUGCUGCUGCCCGGUGUUUGAGAUGAUGCUGUCGGUCAGUCAGCCCCAGUGGGUCGGGGGUGACCAUUGGGCCCAGUGAGUGCCGCAGCUUUGACCCGGAUCAGCCUGAAUAACACCGAGUGAGGGACCAUUUACCUUCAGAAGAACCCUUUGGUCUUUAGGGCAUCUCAGGAUGUGCCAGAGAGCAGAAAUGAAGAAUGUGCUGCAGAGAGACUGGGAGCAGGGGAAUCGUACAAAACCUUCAGUUGUCAGCAGAGAUGGUCUCACUCCAUCAUGAAGCUCAUCAAUUGGCCUGACUGACCCAGUUCAGAAUGAUGUUGAAGGAUGAAAAAGACCAUCUAAGAUCAUAGCUCCCUGGUUAUUGAGCUGGAUUUUAACACCAUCCACAUCUUGAGGAGCAGGAGGAGCUGAAAGAUUCCCAGCUGAGCUGCAACAUGGCCUACAAUUGCAGGAAGUUUUACAAAAGGAAAAAGUUUUUCCUUGUCAUCUGUUGUUUCGUACUUCCCUUAUACUUUCUGUACAGUCACAGCCUGGUGAAGGAAGGACCUCAGUCUUUGAAGAAAACCUGUAGCUGUGAGACCUGUAUUUCAGACCGAGGUAUCUCUCGUUGGUUUGAUGUGCGGUUUAAUUCAAGUAUUCAGCCACAGUUAACCAGGAGGAAUGAAAAUAUCCCUCAGGACAUCCUCCUGUGGUGGUUGGGGUUACAGUCCAGGCAUCCGAGGCUGAGUAUGAUGUACAGCAGGCUUUUUGAGGUCAUGCCUAAGUUCAAUCCUAUAAAGAAUGGCCAUUCCUGUAAUUGCAGGAGAUGUGCCAUUGUUGGAAAUUCUGGGAACCUCAAAGGAUCAAAUUAUGGGCAGUUGAUUGACUCACAGGACUAUGUAAUAAGAAUGAACAGGGCAGUGACCAAGGGACAUGAGUCUGAUGUCGGCAAGAAAACCACGCACCACUUCAUGUACCCAGAGAGUGCCAAGGACCUCGAACCCAAUGUCCAUCUGGUGCUGGUCCCAUUUAAACCUCAUGACCUACUGUGGUUUGCAAAUGUCCUUACGAACAAAAACUUCUUUCUGACACACAGGAAACUGAAAGGUCACAUUACUGCUGAUAGCAACAAGGUCAUCAUCUUUCAUCCCGGCUUCUUUAAGUAUGUCCAUGACGAAUGGACUGAGCACCACGGAAGGUACCCAUCCACUGGGAUGCUGGCUCUCAUCUUUGGGCUUCACAUCUGUGAUCAGCUAUUGGUAUUUGGCUACGGUGGGGACAGGAACGGCAACUGGCAUCACUAUUGGGAAAACAAUCGAUUAGGUGGAGCAUUCCGUGUAACAGGAGUACACAACGCAACCUUUGAGAUGAAUAUCAUCACCCGUUUGGCAGAAAUUGGGAAAAUCCAACUAUACAGGGGCACACCUGCAGCUUCCUGAACUGAAAUGAAACUUUCACCAAACUAUACAGCUAUUCAUUGCAGAGGCUGGACCAAUUAGAAUGCACAGAAAAAUUCUGACAAUUGAGAGAACCUAAGACUAAUAGAACCAGAGAUAGUAGGAACUGCAGAUGCAAUGUCAGCUUUCCUGCUCCUCUGAUGCUGCUUGGCCUGCUGUGUUCAUCCAGCUCUACACCUUGUUAUCACUGAUAGAACCAGUUGUUUUCUUCCACUGGAGUUCUGUAAACGUCAGGUGAAAUAUUUUAAGAUUAAUUGAUGGUUUUGAGAAUAUCAGUUGCAGUUGCUUUGACUUAAAUUCUGUCCCCAAAUAAAAAUUGAUCCGUAAAAUUAAUGGCCCCGAUCCCUCAUUCUGGAUCAGGUGGCCACAGACUGGCAGGAUCCCAAAGCACUGACUCUGGUGUUUUGUGUUAUUUAAUCAUCCGGUGUAGGCAUCAAUGGCUUGAUCAACAUUUGUUGCCCAUUUCUAACUGCUGUUGAGGUGAUGAGUAUCUUCUUAAACCACUGCGACGCAUUGUGUGUUUAAAAUACAAUGAAGAUGCUUUCUCAGCCAUUUCAGUGGGCAGUUAAGGGUUAACUACAUUGCUUUGGGUCUGGAGUCACAUGCAGGCCAGACUGGGUAAGGGCAGCAGAUUUCCUUCCCUGAAGGACAUUCAUGAACUGGAUGGGUUUUUAAUGGCACUGGGUUGUUUUCAUGGUCACCUUUGCUGAUAUAAACUUUUUAUUCCAAAUUUAUUUAACUGAAUUCAAAUUGUGUAACUAUUGUGGUGGAAACAACUCUGGAUUACUCAGAGUAGCAUAAUUGCGAUGACACAGUUCAACAUAACUUGAACCCAACCUCCUCUUACUCCUCAUAAACUGGACAAAACCCGCUCAUCUCCUGCCUGCUAGCAGUCAUGGCCCAGACCCAUUUGCUGGCACUAGAUGACACUAGUGCUGACCAUCCAGUUGGUUUCACAGUGCACCAUUGUGGUGACGGAAAGUUAAAGUCAGACAAAGGUCACUUUCUUUGUGUUGUCCAAAUUGCAACUAAUCCAGAGAGACCAAUGAGGUCUGACCUAAGUCAGACGGAAGCAUACUGGCCACCACUUCGGGCUAUAGGCCCAGGACUCAAGGCUGUGGAUUAUGAGAGGAUUUUUGGAGCAUGGAAUAUUUUGGAUCAGGGCAAUAUAUUAACAGUAGGGACACAGCAUCAGUCUGAGCAAACAAAUAGAGGAGUAACAAACAGAACGGCCUCUUCCUAUGUUGUAAAUUUCUGUGAUUUUAGUCAUUAAUCAAUUUGAAGGAAUCAUUUCAACAGGAAAUCGAAAAGAAUGUUCACACAUUGAUGAAGAACUCACGCCACAGAUUUGCAAAUGUAUCCUGUAUACACCAAACUUUGAAAUCUCAAAGGAUCUAAGGUCUGGGAGAACUUUUUCCAUUUGAUGGACUAUUGACUAAAAAUCUAUAUUGGUUCUCAAAUAUAGAAGUAAAAGAGAGACACGAUAUGAGAGAAUAUUCCCCCUUAUUCCUUUAAUUUAAGGCUGCAGCAGUCACUACAAAGAAAACAAAAAAAUUACUAGAAUCCUUAUAACAACAAAGGAAAAGAGAUCAACUCUCAAACAACUGAACAAUCAAACAACUGUAGCAAUAGGGCUUUAAAGAGACAGUAUUCUUUAUGGUCAGCAUGCUGAGGAAUUUAUUCACAACAUUCAGAAAUCAGAUUUCUGCAAAUUAAGAACCCUUGUUACCAUUUUCAGCUGACUGGAAUCAGAAUCUGAUCCUAAUGUCCCAUUUCUUUGCUGCAAAGACUUUGCACAGGAUGGUGACGUCGCUGAAGUCAGUAUGGCUCAAUAGACAACCCUCCCCCACCAUUCAGUCAGAGACUCUAAAACAGAAGAACUCUUACAACGGCUAUCAUACUUGGAAGAUUUCAGUUGUCUGGAGUUCGUAUUGUGUCUUCGAACCCAAAUGCACUACUUAAGACAGUACAGUCAGGAUUGAACCACAGCGAAUCUUGAAAACAAACAUUAUUGCACCAGUUUGCUCUGGAGUGAGGUGGUAUGCUCUGGGAACAGUGACAAGAAGCAAACACUCAACUGCAUACUGAAACUUAUCUUCAGUGAGCUACAAGAAUUACCCAACUCACUGGCCCUUUCAGUACUGUCCUUAUUCCAAAACCAUUGUUUUAAAAGACCCAAAAUGAUAAAGCUAUAAAAUCCAGAAGAGAUUCAAUUGCUGAGCAGACUGAUGACUUUGACCUCAUGGUCAUGAUUAUCAGAGCAUUUAGGAGGGUGAAGUAGUUAUUUCUUGCAUGUAACUGGAGGGAAUUCUGACCGUUGCAAAAAAGGGAAAUUUAUUCAAUCGAAAUACAGGAGCUCAAAGACACAACACAACACAGUGAAGGCUCAUAGCCACAGUCAGAUUCUGGAGAAUUAGAUGGAAAUCAGGUUGCUGAAGCAAAUUUAAGAUUGGAAAAUGAGUCCAGUGGGUCAGCUCUUAAACACCUUGCAGUGACUGCUUUGAGCUUUUGCGGCCAGUGAGCUAGAUACAGGCAACUGGUGAACACCCCAACAAAACAAUGGAACGUAAGAGAAUAAAAUAAAUGAAUAGAUACUGAGGUUGAGUUUGCACCCAGACUCUCAGCUCGUCUAUUAACUUCUAACUUGAAGAUAUUCCCAGGAAGAUUUGCUAACUGUAGUUGGACUACAGACAGAGUAACAAAAUCCCAUUUACAAUCCUACUUACUGUUAACCAGCUAUCUACGCAGGACAAUUUAUGAUUUGACUAUACACUGUCAGGCCACAAAGAUCUUAACUGCUUUAUGUUAAUUUUAUACCAAUACCAAAACUUUUUAUAAAAAAAAACUUUGAAAGUUUGAUCUGGAUGUUUUUAAAUUAAACACUGCUUUGUUUACAGUCCCUUUGCAGUAUUUGGUUCAAUUUGUACCCAAAGGAAUACUGUCUCUUUAAAUCAUGUAAAUUUUAAUAAACAUUUCAUAAUCAAUAAUCUGGAAGAAAAUGCUUUAUGAAAAUUUGUCAAAAAAUAAUGACUUUUUCACUUUCCCACAUGGUAAGAUGGAGUAGAAAAUUGAAUUGUGAUUGGCAUACUUGCAAAUGAUUAACACAAUUGUCCAAAGUGUAUGGCAUUUGAUUAAAAGCUCUACCAAUUCCCUCUACCUACACCUAAGUAAACUGGUUUCUGUUCUAAAGUGCCAUGAUUAUGCAAAAAUACUCCUGUGUAUUUUUCUUUUGUGCUUAUUGAGGUCAGAGGUGAGAGUGUUGGGAAUGAAAUUGUGUCACUUUUGGCUGGCAGUGUUAGUAUUAAACACCCCUGCUUGGAAUAUAACUGACAUGAGAUUGAAUCAUGCUCUUUCCAGUGUGUCCCAAGCUGAAAGAUCACUCAGUAAACCAUACACUGUGCAAGGCUCCUCCAUUGCUCGUCCCGUUUCACUGCAGUCAUUUUGUAUUCCUUUAUUACUGCUUGUUCCCUCAGACUAUAAACAUGUUCAGACAAACCUGCUGGGAUGAUUUGUAAACCACUGAGAAUAAUCUUUUUCCUGGUUUUUCUCCAUCCUACCACUGGGAUAAGUAAACACAUGAUUCUCAAAUCUAAGAA